UCCUACAAAUAUUCAUCGCCCCUCAAUUGCCCAGGUCCGAGGACGUCCUGGACGACAGCUCUGGGAAGUGACCAACUUGGGAUCGGUGUACAUGGUACAUUGCUCUCGUACCGUGCACUGCACUGUGCAUUCUGUACCCAGCACCUGGGAUCCGCCGCAGCACGAGUGUUCCUGCAAUCGGCCCAUGUCGGUCAAUGGUCCCCGUAUACACCGCAUCUUGACCCGUCGUAUGGCUUCUUCUUCUUCUAGCCUGGGCACGUUGUCCGUCUUUCCCCUUCUCUCCACAGACGAAUUCGAAAGCGCGUGUCGCGCCUUCCUUGAUCGGGUUGACGUGUUGGGGAUUCCAGAUCGUCUGGGCUGGUCGUCCGUUCGAGUCGAACAACAGGUAGUUCUCGCCCUCUGAAAUUACAUGCUUUUAAUUUUUAAUUUUAAUGUUUUUUUUUUUUUUUUUUUUUUUUUUUUAUUUUUGAGGUUUUAUCUAGUUAUGAGAUCGACUACUAA